CCAAAGUACCAAAGUAUGAUGCUGACACUGUGGUUUGUUUGUAAAGUUACACAGUCAAGAAAUAACAGCAGCAAUUUGGGUUAGUUAGUCUGUCAUAAGAGAAAAAAAUGGGGGUUAGCUAAACCUUUGAUUAACCAACCAAAUAUUUAUCUACAAACUAAAUAUUUAGCUCUAAACUAGCUAUAUUUAGUUUUCUGACCAUAUAUGUUGUUCCAAAUUUAAUGUUUAGUUAGAAAGCUAAAUAUUUAGCUUGCAAACUAUUUAACCAACUACAUAUUCCAAAUUAAAGGUUGUUAUCUAGCUAACUACUAGCUAACUUCACAUUUAUUUUGGAGCUAAAUAUUUACCUGCCAAGCUAACAUAACUUAAUGUGGAGCUAAAUAGUUACCUUUCGAGCUAGCUAACUACAUAUUUAUUUUUGGUGCUAACAAUGUGUGACUUUACCACCGUGUUUGUGGUAAUGCAUGUCUAGGUAGAUACCUGCCACAUGUUUCAUUUGUUUGUGAAUAAGCCAGAAACUUCGAAGCCCGGUGGACUUUGUGUUUGGACCGAACCAGAUGUUCAGUUCUGAGAUAUAAACUGGACACUGAGUSACUCCAGGUCAGAAUUGGCACCCGUAGAGGCGGCGCCCCCUGCUGGUCCGCAGUGAUUAAUAAAUGACACCAACAURACCACUCUGGAACCGAACUUCAGGGAUAUUUCAGUGUUUUCUGGAGAAAAACCAACUGCUUGGGUUCUGAUGGGCUCUGUUCAGCCAGCUGCGGGUCAGGUGACCUCACGGUCUUUGCUCACAGCAGAACCGAACCCAGAAGACCUGAAUCUGGGCCCUGAUUGRUUGAUUAGUCAUUCAAUCUGGACUAGGUCCAGAUCCGAGCGUGAUAUGGGCCCAGGCCAGAAGUGAUGGAUCAGAUCCAACUGUUUGCGGGACCCAGGGGGCGGUUCGGUUCGGGGCGGAGUGGGGGCGUGGCCUGUAUCAGCAGAUAUACAAACGGGUCAGUUCGGCCAGAACUUCUGCAGCGAACUCCGAAGUUCUGCAACAGAAACACCCUGGUUAGCGCGCCUGCUCAGUGAUUGGCUCCAGCAGACAGGUGAGAUGUCGUCGGUGAAGGUAGAGUCCGUGGUGAAGGAGCACGCUCUGAUCGGCGAGGGGCCGGUGUGGGAGGAGUCAGAGCAGACGCUGCUGUUCAUCGACAUCGACGGGCGGAAAAUCCACCGCUGGAACUCAGCGACCAAUCAGAUCCAGUCUCUGCAGACAGCUGACACGGUGGGGUUCGCGGUCCCUCGCCGGUCCAGCGGCUACGUCGCAGGCGUGGGCUGCAACAUCGUGGCUGUUGAUUGGUCGACUCAGAAGGUGACAUCACUGGCCAGCGUCGAAGACGACAAGCCAGAGAACCGCCUGAACGACGGGAAGGCCGAUCCGAUGGGACGGCUGCUGGCAGGUACGAUGAGGAGAGACGCUCAGACGGCUCAGGUGAAACCAGGAUCUUUGUACCUGAUGAAGUCUGACCUGUCUGUCACCAAGCUGCUGGGCCAGGUAGGCUCACCUACACUCGACGCCAACGGCCGCCUCUGGGUGGCGUGCUACAACGGAGGACGAGUCCUCAACAUUGACCCUGCUACUGGUAAACGCCUCCAGACGGUGUCUCUGCCCGCCACAAAGACCACUUCCUGCUGCUUCGGUGGCCCGGACUACUCUGACCUCUACGUGACCUCAGCUAGCCUGGGUCUGGACCAAUCAGAGCUCCAGAAGCAGCCACAGGCCGGGAACACCUUCAGGGUGACAGGACUCGGGGUCAAAGGUCGACCAUCAAACKCAUUCAGCGGGUGACCUGCAGGAGUCGUCUGAUCGUCAAUAAAGCUGCUGAUUAAUGAUCAAACUGGAUCAAUAAAUGAUUUUMCACUAAUCACCUGUACUCUGUAAUAAAGRCAGAGCUGAGCACAAUGCAUGCUGGGAGUUGUAGUCUCUGACRGCGUMGUGAUGCAGAAGGGUUUGUUUUAUUUCCACACCGAGUGCAAAAUGACAGCAACAACAACACAGACGGACAGAGAAGCUACAGAACCUUCUAGAAAAUGUCUGUACACGUAGAAAACUUUGUGCUCUCAACUUUUGGAAAGUUUGGACUGAAAAUAACUAAAAACGGGCCRGAGGGGAGGGACAGUGAGAGCACCACUAGUGCUGAUGCUGCAGGAACAGAACAGGUUCUGCUCCGAYGACCYGGGUCCAGUUGGUGAUUCUUAGUGUUUACAUGGAUUAUACAGCAGCGGGUGCAAACAUGCAGCAAACGACCAAACGAGCUGCAAACAUGUGAAGAAUUCAAACUGCAAAAAACAAUCACCAUGCAAACAAAAACAAGAGAAGAAGAAAAACCUAAAAUCAAUAAAACUGCAUAAAAAAGCAGCAAGGGGGAAAAAUACCACAAAAUAUAAUAACAGCGAGUAUAAAACUACAACAGCGUAUUUUGACCAUUGUAGUAAAUUUAUACCAAAAAACAAAAAAAAAAAA